UCUAGUUUCUUCUAGAUCUUCUUCUCCUACUUCCAAUUACUUCUCAACACACAAUGGCCAAUUGGACAAAAAACCAAAACAAGAAAUUUGAAGAGGCAUUGGCUUUAUUUGACAAAGACACUCCUGAUAGGUGGCAUAAUAUUGCUAGGUGUGUUGGUGGAAAAUCAGCAGAGGAAGUGAAGAGGCACUAUGAAUUGCUUGUCAAAGAUGUCAUGAAAAUAGAAAAUGAUCAAGUUCCUUUGCCCAAUUAUAGGGGUGCUAGUAGCAAUGGAAGAAGUUAUGCCAAUGAACAAAGGCUUAUGCAGAAUCUGAGGUUAUAGCAAGAAGAAAAUUGCAUCGAUGUAUAAUAUCAUCUAAUUACCAGUACUAUAAAAUGCAAACAAAAAUUAAUCCACGUUUAUUUUAUGCUAAUAUGUAUUAAAGUACUU